AUGGACCGACAAUGGCCGCAAGGUUUCUGGAUUAACAUGACGGGACAAAGGCCUGAAAUGGAGACCAACAGAGCUAGAAAUCCCACAGCAGUUGUCAUUGGGCCACCCGAUGACCCGACUCAGACGGUCACACCUGCUCCACACCCACACCAGUCAGACAGUUUGCUGGAUGGUGAGAAGACUGGAGCUUCCCUGCUGUUCUCUGGGGUCUUCCUGGCUCUGAUUGGUGUCAUCUUCACCGUCAUGGGCUGGCAGCACUACCGAGCCAACUCCAGCUUUGGGUGGACCCAAAUGCUGGGCCCCAUCCUGAUCUCCGUCGGAGGUACAUUCAUGCUUAGCAGUAUCUGCAAGUUUGGCAUUAUCUCUUGCUGGCCUUGCAGACAGUGGGACAAAGAGGUGCUUGUAAUGCCUGUGAUGGAGCAGACCUCAAGGGGACAUUCUAUUACGCUGAGUGGAAUAAAUCCACCAAUCAUGUUGCACAGUGCCACAACAAUGCUAUGUAUUCCGCCUGCCUAUAACUUUAUAACCCGGGAGGUACGCCGGGCCAUUGAGCUUCAACCCGGCAGCUUUGCGAAUGGCAUCCAGGCAGCCCUUCCUCCACAUGACGCUGUUUACUGUGCUGAUAACGCAGCUUUCACAGCAGAAGAAGACAGCUCAGCUCGCAGCGCAGAAACUGACUGCAGAAGAAGCAGGAUUGAGGAGACAGAGGAUGAAAGCGGACGCGCUGACCAAGGCGGCGCUACCUGUUCACCUCCACCUGCGAUAAACACAAGUGUCACUGCACCACACGGGGGCAGAAACACUGAGGAAAUCAAUACACCUUCAUUCACCGGGAUGAGCCUGUAUUUCGGGGCCACUAAAGUGGUUUGA